UACCACCCAACCCACCUCUUUCCCAUUUUUCCUUCAUCCAUCAUCGACUUUUCCUUCAACUUCUUGCCAUCAGCGCAUUGCUACAAGACUUGUCCUAUUUACCAAAUACUCUGCUACACACAAUCCACAUCCUUGCACCCCACUACUCGACGCGUAACAUCACCCGACACCCACUCAAAUCCCAAACAAUAAUAAAAUCCAAACACAACACCCACACCCACACCACCACCAACCUUACCCACCCUUCCUCCUCUAACCUACGCGCUUUGGACACCAUGUCCCGCAUCAAGGGCGACGCGCCGCCGCCGCGUAAAAAGCGCACAUUCUUCUCGACCAAAAUCGCGUCCCUCCCACCUCUACAGAUUGUACGCCCACCAUCCCCCUCACGCAACCUCCCCAGCGACCGUGUCCUCGCCGCUCUCCAGCCAGACGACAAGGUCGUCGUCGCGGCCAAGACGUUUGUCAAGGAGCAGAAUCGUGACGACGGCGGCAAGGAUGCAGUGCCCAACGGGGACCGCCCCCCGCGCACCGCCGCGGCGGCCAGCACCAAGGCCCAGGGUGGUACCGUGCCGCCUCCAUCCAAGCGACAGUUUGGGGCAAAGGCCCGCAACGCUCCUAUUGCGAAGGUUCUUCCGAAGCGUGCAGUUUCCUCCGCGGGGGCUGGCAUUGCACAGCGCAUCAAGGCCAAGUCGGCGACGACGGCACGGAAAUUCACCCUCCGCUCACGUGCCCCUGGCGAGACCACUCAACCACAGCGAACAAUGCACACUGCCACGCCCCGCACCCUGCCCGAAGCAAAGGCGUCGGCAACAACAGCGACGCCGUCUGCAAAGGAGCCAGUGGCAUCAUCGUCAUCGUCGAAAGCAGUCUCGCAGCAGCUGCUUCGUGUCGUCUCAGCAAACACCAUGGAGAGGUCACAGUCGUCUACUUCAUCCAACAACACCGACGUGAACCCGGGCAAGCGCAAGGAGUACAUGUCUGCGGGGCUUUAUUGCCAGGACGCCGAGCCGCCGUCUGAGCGGGCAUUGGUCAACAAGGUUUUGGACAGCCGCGUCCCCGUCAAGCGUGGUCCCGGUAGACCCAGAAAGUCUCAACCUCCACCCGCCGACGGCAACAUGACUUUCCCACCACUUCCGCUCGACCACGGAAUGGUCCACUUUUUUGAGAAGGAGCAUGAGUUUGUAUUGCCUUACAACAUCCUCUGGGAGAGUGAGACGGGUGCCCUGGACGGCAAGAAACGUCCCCCUGCGUAUCGGAAGCUUCGCAGCAACCAAUUCAACGAGCGCCAGAGGUACCAGUCCGACCAUCCAGCCGUCUGUCGGUGUGCACCAGAGGCAGGAUGUGGUGACCACUGCAUCAACAGGAUCAUGAGCUACCUCUGCGGCAAGGAUUGCCCUUGCGGAGAUCUCUGUGACAACAAGAGCCUGUGCCGGAGAAAGGGCAAGGGGACCAAAGUUGUCUGGACUGGCACUCGUGGAUUUGGACUGGUCGCGACCGAAGACAUUGCUGAGGGCGAAUUUGUCAUCGACUAUCGUGGCGAGGUUAUUCAUAUUAACACAUUCAUCGAACGCAUUGGGACAGACUACAAGGGUCACCGCAACUUCUAUGCGCUUGCAUACGACCGCGAUGAAGUGCUUGAUGCUGGUAAACUCGGCAAUGACGCUCGCUUCAUCAACCACAGCUGUAAUCCGAACCUUGAGGUGCGCAAGUAUCAGACCAUUGGUGAUGGCUACGAGGAGUUUGAGAUCGGUACAUGGGCCACCCGGGACAUCAAGGCAGGAGAGGAGCUCUCCUACGACUACAACUUUGAGUCGUUCUCGAUGACCAACCUAUCGAAUAAAGACGAAGCCAGGACGCGCUGCCACUGCGGCGCUCCCAACUGUGUCGGCUUCCUUGGUCGCAAGCCAGGAGAGAAGUCUGCAAAGGAGCUUGCGGCGGCACUUGACGCCAAAGCCGCUGAGGAUGCCCGCAAGGCUGAAGCCAAGGCGGAGGCUAAGGCAAAGAAAGCCGAGCGUACUGCUGCUGCAGCUACAGCAGCCGCAGCGGCUGCUGCUUCUGCCGCACCCCAAGCUACACCCGGGCCCUCCAAAGCCAAGGCGACGGAAGCGGGAUCCAGUGUCAGCGUCCCAACUGCGGACAGUGCGGUCAGCACGCCUUCGAAGCGUCCCCGUGGUCGUCCGAGGAAGCACCCUUUGCCCGACCCGGACCAGCCUGUCGUUAAGCGCCCUCGUGGUCGCCCCCCGAAACACCCCCGUGUCGACGGGCAGAUUGUCGUCAAGCGUGGUCGCGGACGCCCUCGCAAGCACCCGCUUCCGGACCCAAAUCAGCCGGUGGUCAAGCGGCCUGUCGGCCGGCCACGCAAGCACCCCUUGCCCGUGCCAGUCGAUGCUGGUCCUUCGAGCGCUGCUACGGCCCCCAAAGCCGAGCCUGCAGCUGUCAAGUCGGAAGUUGGUCCCAAGCGCGUUGGCCGCCCGCCGAAAAGCGAGACCCGACCAUCGCCGUACCCAGCCAGGCGAGCUCCCGGCCGCCUGGAGGCGGCUAUGUCGACCAUUACCAGCUUCUUCAAGAGAGGCCCAGGUCGUCCUCCAAAGGCGUCGACCGCCGCGGUGCCCAUGCCGCCUGUUGAGGAUGCCCCGGCAGCCCCCGCGGCUGUCGUGGCUCCAGAGGCUCCCGGUGCUCCGGCCGAGCCGCGUCUCAAGAACACGCCCAAGCAGAUGCAGAAGCGCGCGCGUAACGGCGCGCCUGCUGGAUGGGCGUACGUUGUCGAAGCUCCGGCCACUCCCGCCGAUGCCGAUGGGGCUCUCAAGUCUGAUCGUGCUGCGCGUCUUGCUCUCCGCCGCGGCGCCUAGAGUAGAGCGUGACGAUUGUUUGCGGAGCGAGAAGCCGUGUGCGUGUGUGUAAGUAUUACAGUGAUAAGUGACGCCAAUGUGAAGGCGAUGCCGACGAUGAGCGAGCGAUAGGUAAAAGCCAAAGGGGCUAGAUACGCCCGUACGAAGAAAUGUCUGCGAAGCAAGCACAAUGUAUAUGUUAUACCUA